UUGAAGCAAAGAAGAAAAGGGGAAAUCUACAGCAGAGCUCUCGGACAAGUACAGACAAUGAGAUUCUCAUCUACUCAAUUUCAUCUCUUCAAACUUCGCAAGAACCCUAGAUUAUAAGUCGAGAAAUUUAACAUUUUUGUAUUUUUUUUGGUAUUUAUUCGCGUUUUUACAUAAACAAUUCUAUGGAUGCAGCAAGCACUGCAGGAACCUCAUUCUUUAAUCGAUUCUCCAUCACUAAUUCAAAUCCCUCAUUUCUAACUCUCUGUAACCCCCAAUUGAAAUUAUCCCCAAAGUUUCCGUCCAAAACACUGCGAUGCAGCAUCAGUUGUACUUCGUUCUACAAGUCGAGAACUUUGUUUUUCAACUCGACUUUCAGUCACAACUCAGCAACUCCCUUACCUAUACUGGAAGCAAAAUAUAGAUGUUGUGGGAGUGAUAAUAAUGCAGAGAACGCAGUUAAUUUUUGGGAGGUUUUGGUGAGGAGGGUGUUUGUGAUUGCAGCUACGGCAAUUGGAGUGGUCGGGAUAUUGGGUUGCCGGAGAGUGUUAGCAAUAGAGGGUGCUUUGAAUGUGGGGUACGGGGUUUGGCAGCAGAGUUUGGUAGCGCUGAGGAGCUCCGGGCCUAAGGUUCUGCAAGUGCUGAUGGUUUUUAAAGAGCAGGGAUUGGUACUUGCUGCGCUCUUGGGACUCUCGGCAUUUUUCUCCAUGGCCGAGACCUCAAUCACUACACUCUGGCCUUGGAAGGUACGGGAGUUGGCUGAAAAAGAGUCUGAGAAUGGUGUUUUCAAAAUGCUACGCAAUGAUGUCACUCGAUUUCUGACUACUAUACUUAUUGGCACCACAGUGGUGAACAUUGGUGCUACAGCACUAGUCACCGAAGCCGCGACAGCAAUAUUUGGUGAAGCUGGUGUGAGUGCAGCAACUGGAGUCAUGACGGUUACCAUUUUGCUGCUCACUGAAAUUACUCCAAAGAGUGUUGCUGUUCACAAUGCCACUGAGGUUGCUAGGUUUGUGGUUAGGCCAGUGGCGUGGCUUUCCCUAGUACUGUAUCCUGUUGGAAGAGUUGUAACAUAUCUGUCAAUGGGAAUGCUAAAACUGCUUGGUUUGAAAGGAAGAAGUGAACCAUAUGUUACUGAAGAUGAACUAAAAUUGAUGUUACGUGGAGCAGAAUUAAGUGGGGCAAUUGAGGAAGAAGAGCAGGAUAUGAUUGAAAAUGUGUUAGAGAUAAAAGAUACACAUGUUAGAGAGGUGAUGACACCUCUUGUUGAUGUUGUUGCCAUUGAUGCCAGUGCAAAAUUAGUUGAUUUCCAUAAUUCAUGGGUGGAUCAUCAGUAUUCCAGGGUACCUGUCUUUGAGGAACGUAUUGACAAUAUUGUUGGUAUUGCAUAUGCAAUGGAUCUUCUUGAUUACGUGCAGAAGGGGGAACUACUAGAAAGUUCUGUAGUUGGAGACAUGGCACACAAACCUGCAUACUUUGUUCCUGAUUCAAUGUCUGUGUGGAAUCUUCUUAGAGAGUUCCGCAUCAGGAAGGUGCAUAUGGCUGUUGUUCUCAAUGAAUAUGGAGGAACUGUUGGAAUAGUUACCCUUGAAGACGUGGUUGAGGAAAUUGUUGGUGAAAUUUUUGAUGAAAAUGAUUCAAAAGAGGAAAUCCAGAAGAAAACUGGUUAUAUUGUUAUGCGUGCUGAGGGCAUAUAUGAUGUGGAUGCUAAUACAUCAAUUGACCAGCUUUCUGAAGACCUUAAUAUUAAAAUGCCAGAGGGCCAUCAAUAUGAAACGGUGUCUGGUUUUGUCUGCGAGGCAUUUGGAUAUAUCCCAAGGACAGGUGAAACUUUGAAAGUGGUACUUGAAAGAGCAAAUAGAGAAGAUCAUGGUGAAUAUAACGGGGUAGAAUCUGAACGACAAGAUGAAAAAGAAAAGACACAAAUUUUUAAGCUGGAGGUAUUAGCAGGAAAUGCCAGAAAGGUUAGUGCCAUUAGAUUCGAACGUAUAAACCACGACGAUGCAGCGUCAGAGGUAACACGCUUGGUUCCUAAAAUCAUGAAAAGGAGUAGCACUGAAGACUUGGAUAGGCCAGAAAUCAACGAGGUUCCAUUUCAGGAGAUAGCAGAUAAACCUGGCUUCUCUAAUAAUUAUGUAAAUUCUGUACAGGAAGACAGUGUUGAUCACUUAAGUAAACAGUAGUUGAUUUACUCCAUUGUUUCCAUCUUUACUGGAAUGAAAUGAAAGUAGAGAGAAAUUUUGUAUAUUAAAAAAAACAAAAAAAAACAAAAUUGUUAUCGUGUAUACUCAGCUAGCAUGUGAACUUUUUAGAGAUGGAGAAGUGUCAACGUCUAAGUCGUCUUAGUUGGUCUGUCCAUGCAACCUCUAUGCUUUUUCUCCUGACUGCAAAUUAUAGGAGAGGUGGGUUCUGGGGAAGAUUUUCUCUGUUGCAGGAUUACUCAACAACGCAAGAAUGUCGUUGGAGGCAUUGCAGAUAAUGGCCAGCUUGUUUUGAGAUUCUGUGAGCAAAAUAAAGAACUCUCCCUUUUGCUCUGCUUCUGCUUGAAGUGCAGUUGAAGAACAUUGAAGUUGGAGGGGAGAAUGACUUGAGCUGCUCUGCCAAUCAGCAACUGAAGUAGUAAGGUGGUGGACUUCUUUUUCAUGGGCUUGUUAAAUAUUCCUAAUUAUGAGAUUGUUAUAUUUAGAGCUAUUGAUUCACAGUUUUAUGCUGCUAAAAUGAGAGAACCGUUUAGACUUUUUGACUGUUGAAAACUUGCACGCAGUGGAAAUAUCCUUUUGAGUGCAUGCUCUUAUUGUAGCAUUGAACAUUUUACUUUUUAUUUUAUACUUUCAAUUACUGUUCGAACUAUGUACCAAACUUAGUGGCGUGUCCUGUAGACUUGAAUGUUAUUAAUGAAGAAAAAUAAGCUACAAUCUCGUUCAUUAUA